AUGCUAGUUAAGCCAUUGAAAAAGAUAAAAUUGCUGUUGCUGCUGGUUGCGUCCUCAGCCAGUCCUCUGGACCCGGACAGGAACCAGCAACCAGAUGGAAUCGUUAAGAAGGAAGAGAUUCGGAUCCAUCUUUUAAAAAAUAAAUGUUUCUUUUCCUUCCUGAAACCAGAUCCAGCAGGUGAUGUUGCUAAAAUCAGAGCUAACGUGUCUGUCUCAAUAAUCCGGCAUCUUAUGACUUCUGCACCGAUCAGACAGAAAAUCCCAGUUAACUCGACACUCCCAGAGUUUGGCAGUAUAGGAAAACUGCAGUGGGUGACAUGGAAUGGUUCCCUUCCUAACGGAUCCGUUUCCAUCCAUAACAGCUACGCCAAACGAAUCGACUACAUCUGCAAAGUCAGAUGCAAUUCUGGGUUUUACAACCCCAGCAUGGGUUCUUACUGCCACUACCCCAAUAAAAAAAAAGAGCAUCGUUCCUCCUCUUUUCAAGUCCUGGUGAACAAAGAUAAUUUUGAGAUCCUGGAGUGGAAGGAAGGUUCUUAUGGUUCUGUUCCACAGAAUUCAAUCAGAACCUGCUCCAGUGGAAAAAUGUAUGUAGGGAAGAACAAGUACGGACUGGGGAAGGUUGAUCCGAAAGAUAAAUGUUUUUAUCUCCCCUGGAAGGGAAAAGAGCAUUGGUACCAGAAGAGCUAUGAGGUUCUGACCCACAUGAAGGCGGAAGAAGAUUUAAUCUCUGAUGUCAAAUAUAAUAUAGAGAAAGACAAGAUUUUCAAAGAACCUCCAAAAACCAUGCAAAGCACUACUGUCACUAACCGUGCCCUCAGACCUGUGACAAAGACGGUUUCUUUGCGUAAGACAACCAAAGAUGAGAGACGGUGGGACUUCAGCUUCUCUAUCAGAGUUUCUGCAAAAAUGACCAUCAAAGCAGGAAUUCCCUACAUUACAGAAGGACAGGUUGAAGUCACUGCAGAGACGUCUCUUGCAUUCUCAUAUGGAAAAUCCUGGACAGAGGAAAUCUCCCACUCCAUCACAUUAGAGCUUACCAUACCACCAAACCACAGCUGCAAAGUAAAGAUGGUUGGUUAUCAGUACAGAAUGGACAUUCCCUUCACCGCCCGCCUGAGUCACAUCUAUGAAGACGGAGAGACCAGAUCGGUCAUCAUCUCUGGAACGUAUCAUGGAGUCCAAGUUGGAGAUAUUGGGACUGAAGUGGAAAGAUGUAAACCUCUGUCCAACUCCAGUGUUGUUGAAUAG